GGAAACAGAGGAGUCUGGUCUUGUUCCGAUCGGUGGUUGGAGGAGUUUGUUUGUAGAGGCUGUGUCAUCAGAGAAGCUGUGAUAGGAUAGACAACCAAACAGCAGCUCGACCCCUCUGACUGCGCCAUUACUGUGGAGUGUUGGCCGCACGGCCUGGAGUGUUUGCUCUAAACCUAGGCCCCAACUGUUAGCCAGGCAAUCUGACUCGCCACCAGCCCCCAUUCAGUGAAGAGGCUCCACACCACAACGUUGUCGUCUGCUACGAGUUGCAGACGUUCAUUACCGUCUGCCGGUCGGGAAGUUGCAGACGUGUUGUGUCGUCUGCUUGUGUUGGGGGUGACGUGUGUGCACAAUUACCUACAACACAUCGAGGACCCGAGCGACGUGAGAUAAAGAGGGGCACACGGGAGUUUACAACGCUAGAAGUCAGGACAAGGCGACCCUAGCCUGCUCGCGAGGAGUCGGAUCGCCUUGUGGAAGGCCUCACAUUCGAGACAGGAGUCUUUCAGACAACUGGAUAGCUGUUUGUCAUUUCUCGUCCGGGAUUCUUCCUCUACAGCUUUACAGUCGAGACUAUAGAAGCUUCAACACGCUCCAGUGCCGACUGACGAGCCUCCCCGAGCCCGGGCCGGACUUAUUGCUGAGUACCAGUGAAGCAGAAGCGAUAUACUACACCAGUACGGGCGAGACGGCCAACGCUAGGCGCUCCCAACAACAAGGAGCGGACGGUGGAUAGCGGAUCGGGACAGAAUAUAUACCGAAAGUGUUCCCUGUAUAUGCUUCAGAUGGACAUACAAGGGUAAAAUGGCGUCAUGAUGCACCCCACCUCUUCCCGGAUCCCCAACCCUGACGGUUAGCCACGUGGGUGAUGGCAGUUUCUCGUGUUUACAACUGUACUCGACCGGCUAUGGAGCUUGCAGUGUUCCAGGGGUCCGUCCAUACCGCCUCACUGGCGGUGUGUACCGUCCUGGUAUUGUUUGUGUUGAUCCUGGGAUCUGUGGGCAACGGAGUCGUCAUCCUGUCGGCCAUCAAGUGUAGGAAACUCCGAUCGAACUUCGAUCUGCUGAUUGUGAACCUUGCGGGUACGGACUUUAUUCUGUGUACCUGUUUAUCCCCCGUGUUUCUCUACCUGUUGUUCACGGACCCGCCCACACCGAGACUCUUCUGUGGGAGCUUCCUAUUCCUCGGGACAGCGUGCGGGAUGUUAUCUCUCCUCACCAUCGUCGCCAUCGCCAUCCACAGACAGGCCCGAGUUGUGGGACAUGCUAAGGGGACGCUCACCCCCACCCAGACGGCCGUUAUUCUUGGAACAGUGUGGUUCAUAAGCCUUUCAACAGCAUUGGGUGGCACCAUGCAUGUGACUUCAAACUGGAGCGACUCCUUCCACAACUGUCAAGUCAUCAUAAAUAGUGCGAAUAUGAAAACCCAUAACUUCAUCCUGUUCUUCAUCAGCCCUGUGGCAUUACUCGGCUUUGCAAUAAUCAUUGUAUCAUAUCUAAUCAUAGCACGGGCAGUGAGGACCCAAAGUCAAGUCCGUACAUUAAAGACUCCCGGCACUCAGACCACCAUCUACAGACCGCCGAAACCAAAGUCCCAAGACAAGAAGCCUCUAGACAAAAGGCCAUUAGCGUUGGUGCCAAAGGACAAAGGCAAGAGACUGUAUCCUGGAAGAUACUGCCAAUGCUGCAGCAACCAGGCCAUCCUUGACAAGGAGAACAAGGCAGUGACGAUGUGCUUAGUAGUGAUACUCACCAUAGUGUUAUGCUGGAGUCCGUUAGUGGUGUCUCAGUUCGUGGAGCUCAUUACAGGAGAGUCUAUCAUUCUGUAUCAGGUAAAGUUGUGUGGCAUUGCCCUUGUGUUCCUUAAUAGUGCUCUGGACCCGUAUAUAUAUGCACAGCAUAACGGCCGGAUUAAGCACAAGUAUGGACGGAUGAUUUGGGAGGCGUUACGAUGUGAUUGUAAAGGACCCAAGAGAAACAUUUUAACAGUGCAGGGUACGGGGAAAAGGGAGAAGCUUAAACACAAAUCCCAGUCUCACGUAGACCAGGACACCCACACGCUCAAUCUAGCCUCACCAAAACAGACUAAAAAGUUCAUGGAGAAACGUGCUUUCCAUGCUAAUAAUGUGCUUCCAAAGACGUACACGUCCAACAUACUACUGUACCACAAUGCACCUACUACAAGACUUGAUAAACCUACAAUACCAUGUGAUAACGCUGGAGGUGCUUCUGUCAAAAAGACCAACCAAGUUGGGGACUUGCAAGCGGUGGUGUAUGAGGUGAAAAGUUUCGUCCACAAGUCCUGCUGCCACACAGGGUCCCCCAAAGACCACAGCUGGGUCGAGUCUUGACCCCCUUCCCCUUAUUACCCCCUCCGCACCAGAAGGGGGUGUCAGUUUACGUGUACCCCCCGUCAGUGUUUUGCUACCCGUCUGGAUUCAAAGGCCCAUUCUUGCACCAAGGAUUACCUGUCCGUUCUUAUGGUAAUGAUAUCAAUACCGAGACUUAGCUGUCUGUUAUCAUGUAAAUCUCUAACUUCUUCAAAGCUUACUUUUCAACUUAUCCCGAGACCCGAAACAUAUUUUUCACCUCUGACCUAAGUAUUAUCCAAACUUAACCAUUUCGGCAGGAUGUGCUCCAUGAAUUCCGCCCAUGCUGCUAAUACGAUAUCGUUUUUUUCUCCCUAGCCUUUAUGUGAUUUUUAACAUCAAAAGCACAUCAACAGCACAGGUUUACUACACGUAACAAUGGAAGCUGUAUCUGUAUUGUCACUAUCAAGCGUUCAGAUAUAUGUAGCCCUUUUCUCUUGAACAUAUUCAUGCCUGAACAAAAAGGAAAUUGAGUCAGACAUUCAGCUUUAGGGGUAUAUGUGUUUGACGCGUGCUGUUGGGUCAUCGAGUUUGCCGACAUUUGUAACAUGCCUAGACUUACUCCCCAAGUGCACGUGUGUUGUAGCAGGUACCAAGUGUUUGCCAUUUUCACGCAAAAUAGAACUCUUGAAACACUACGAUUUUGACACAUGCUUCUAAAAACCCAAAACUGGCAUUUGACGAGUUCUGUGAUGUAUUAAAUAUGUACUUUUUGAUGUUUCGGCCUUUCCAUACUGCUACGCCGUGAACUGUGCUGUUGUUAGCGAAUUUUCUGAGCGUAAGUGUAAAGCAUGAUUUUGAAAAUUAACAUUUACUUUUUGCCACUAACAUGAAGCAGCAACCUUUCCGCAGCCAUAAAAGAAAAAGUCAAUGGUUUUUUAGAUCCUUCCCAUAUGGUGUACAUUCUCUUUGAUAGAAGGAAACUUUCUGUUGCAAUGGGGAACUGACAUUUUCGGUUUGGAAAUGUUAGGAUGUGAGGAAAAGGACUUGGAUGACGAAUGACUGGUUAUUGACCUUCACUGCGAGUGCGGAGGGGAAUAAUGUACACACAACAAGUGCAAUGUGACUUACAAGUUUCGAGAUUUUACGAGACUUGAGCCCAGCUAUCGUGACGGCUGGUGGUGAAAACGGCCAACCUAAUCUUGGAAAAAAAUACCAAUGGAUUUUUAAUGACUUACGCGAUACGUAAAGAUGUUUUAAUAAUAAACAGCACAAUCAUUACAUGCUGGGCUUAUAGUCGAAACCCUAUCUGCCAUUUUCUUUUUAAAAGAAGCUUGGCAGUACGGACAAAGAAACGGUAUGUGUAAGUUUGGUAAAGUAAGAAUGUUUUUGUUGAAACUUUGUAAUGUAUUAUGAUGUGGUGAAAUCCAUGCUGGUUGUAUGAGAGACGGAGCAGUAUUUUAUUUGUGAGAGAACCUGUGUUCUCGGAAUUGUACAUAUGUGGUGACUGUGAUGAUGAAUGUAUAUUAAAUGACAAUCUUGCUCAUCUU